GCCUCCCUCGCUUCGAGUGCACAGCAGCAUCUGUGCGCUGAAGUUGCGAUACUUUAGCUUUGAGUCCAGUCCGGCCUUUCGUUGUUGCUGUGCGGGACAUGCACCAUCUCCACUGCCCUCUCAGUUGCCCCCCGUCCUCCUCUCCCAUUCCCGUGCUGGCUGCUCUGCUCUGCUCGUGCACCAUUCUUCGUUCCCUCUGCUAUGCUGUGCCGCUGCUGGUGCUACCUCUCUCUCGCUGGACUCUACUCGACUCUCCUGUCGCCCUCGCACCUUUGUCUGCGCAAUUUCGGGCCGUGUCGUGUUUCCAGCUGCCGUCCAGUCUAUGAUGGGGCCAUGUCAGUCAUCGCCUCUCCAGCUUCUCCUAUACUCUUAAUUUGCAUUUUUCUCUGGUAGUGUUUCGUCUGGGGUUAACUCUAUCGUUGCAGUCUGUUGGCAGCGAUUGAAGGGAGCAGAUGCCUGCUUGCUAUUUCUCGCGUCAUCAUUGCUGUGGAACCUUACGAGUGUUUGCACUCGGCCUUUUUAAUCCUCCGGAAGUAGAAGUACUAUUCGUUUUUUAAUCUCUACAACUGUACAUCAGAGAUCCUGGACCCUAGAAGAAUUAGGACGCAGUGCUUGCCUCUUCGGUUUGACGAAUUGCUUUGGAAUAGAACAUGGCUUGCCUCCAGGUCUUGUCGAUGGUUGAGAACGUGAGAAACGAAAUCCUUGCAUGCCUUCUUCCAGGAAAAUUCUGCACCUAAAUUACUACACAUCGAUAGUACAGAAUAGCUGCUGUUUUUGGGAAAAUACUCCAUCGGAGCCUGGAAUAGAUGACACCCGAGGUAAAAGCAUCGGAGGUCAGUACUUUUCCACAGGCGGAGACUCGUUUAGAAGUGCUGGACACAGGGAUGAUAGAACAUUACCAAGGACCAGCUAUUGGCCUUGGCAACCGCAAUGGGCAUUGGGAUGUGAGCAGGAAUGGACAGGUCGAAGUGGACAAAGCCAUGGAUGGAAGUUUUUCUUCUAAACCGCUUGAUUCAUCUGCUGUCUCUGAUACUGGUACUUCUAAGGGCUCGGAGCUAGCUAGCGACAAUCAUGUACGAAGUAUGGUUCUAGUUCCUCAUGUGAUUCAAACCGACAACCACCUAGGAAGUAUUUCGCUCGUUCCUCAUGCAAGUCAGAAGUUCAGCAUCAAUGCCUUGAGAGAAAGGUUAAAGGACAAACUAAAAGAAAAGUUGAAGCCAAAGUUGAGGCGGAACUUGAAGCAUCGUCAGGAAUUAACUCCACCAGUUAUUCCAUUGGUUCCUAGACAAGGGGUUGCUCUGUCAAACCGAAAUGGAGAAUCUGCACUUGUAGAACAUCAAGAUUAUAAAAAACCAUUUACAAGUGAUGUAGCAUCUUUGAAGGUGCCAACUGCAGGUGUCAAGACUGAAUCAGAAGAAGGGGUAUUAGCUGUUCCCUCGUCCUUCUUUUCUCUAGGAAAGGAGCCUACUGGACAACUAGUACUAGCGAAUGUUUCUAAUGGACGGAAAAAAGCGGGAAACAAAACCUCGCAGUUGUCGCGUGUUAACCGCUUUGCAGAUAAUAUUUUGCAAUUUGUGGGGGAUAGAUCUGUACCUGAGAAGCUUAUUCGAGGUGCUUUGGGAAAUAAUCCUGAUGUCAGCAAGGCCAUCAGAUUGCUAUUGUCAGAAAAGAGGCUCAAGCGACUUGGGGAUGGUGGGAAGGGCUGUGCUUACGUUUACGUGCGGACUGACUUGGCUGAAGCAAAACCAAAGACAAAAGAACUCGAUGAAGUGGAUUUGAAUGCACAAGCAAUGAUUAUUGAGCGAGAGUUUGUUCGUGAGUUAGAAAGGACGUUCCCAGCUACCAAUAAACUAGAUCCUUAUGUUUGGGAUAGAUGUGGAAGGAUGCAAGGAGAACAUCUCCAGUGCGACGUGUAAUUUUUUGAGGUCACGUUUGAGCGCGUCUCUUGCCGAACUUGAGAUCUGGGAGUGUGGGUUCGUCUAAGGACUGCAAGGGUUUGGGUCAUCAGGAUUGAAAAAUACACUUUCAGUGCAGUGUUUGGUUACCUUAGUCAUCUCAUUGGUCUUCUGUAGGGCACGAACCGGUGUACGUACUUUGGGGUGGGAGCUAAAUUCCAUCCUCAUGUUUGGGUGGUAGCGGUGGAGUCUUGAUUGAUCUUCAUUUCUAACUGUCCAAAUAAUGGCCAGGCCAUUUCAAACUAAAUAGACUGUGUUGACAUUUCCAAAAUUCAUAUAAUUACUAACGUUGCUUCUCUUGUGGCAGAGAUAUGCCUUCAUACACACUCAAGUGGGUGCUAUGGGUUAAACCUCGUGACUUUUCUUUGUGUCACGUAAGGUCUUACUUCUAUUCCAUGUCUAUAAUUUUCCUCUUAUUAAUUUUUGAAUUCCUUUCUAUUUUAUUUAACACCAAUUUGUUUUAUUGUGGAUUCAAGAUUUUCACCUCAUCUUUUCUGGACUUCGUCAUUUUCUCUACAUGUUACAUGCUGUGAUUACAUUGUUAUAACAUUCACCUUCACAUUCCUCUAAAAAAAGUUUUCCGGAUGUAUCUUUCUUUUCGUGAGAUUUUUUCCUAUUUAGUCGUACAGAUCAUGUGUCCAGUAUAAUAAUUUCUAUUAUACUCUCAUGUUUGCGUUGUAUUUAAAUGGCAUUUAUUUACUACUUUUACCGACAUAGUUUGAUGUGGCGCAUUCUGUAUCAAGCAUGUGCUGACAUAGGUUGGAGUUUUGGUUUGGGUAAAAAUAUGUAGAUUGCGCCGUUUGGGCGGGCCAAGGUAAAUUCUCAUACUCUCUAAUCUUAAUUGAUACAUUGAUUAGCCUUACGUUGUUUCCCAAGUAAUUUCAAUGUUCCAUAUUAACACUAUCUCUUGCCAUAUUGUUUUAAAUUUAAUUUCUUGUCUUGCACUUCAUCCUUAAUCCUCAAAGACAUUUUUGAAAUCGCUUUCUGGGAUUAUUGUCAUUUGGCUGUAAAUCUUACUUUUCAUAAAAAGAUGCUUUAUGAAGUAUCUGUUUCAUUUCUAGUUGUUUUAA